AUGAAAAACGCCGCAGUCGCCGUCCUGCUUUGCCUAUGCCUCGUGUACGUCAGCUCACAAGAACUGUUCAGCGAGCGGUUCGCCGUGCCUAAGCCUAUUGGAGUUCCCGUUGAAGCAUCGCAGUUGAGUAGGUUAAAUUACAGUCAGAAGAAAAGUCUACAAAACCUACUAUGCUUAUUACCCUGCUAUUUUAGGGAGCAGAGGUUCAGAUGUCUAUGUAACGCCUGGAAAAUAUCCAAGCCGAGUAUACGGGUUAUUCAAACGGUACGUUUGGCUUUUUUAAAACACUAUAGCGUCAUAACUCCUGGCCCCAUCAGUUUACGGUAACCUUUUUUCGUGCGUAAGGGUCCAUGAAGCACAUCACGGAUUUACUUCCACCCAAACUAUCCGUGGGCCAUGGCACGCAAUCCGCUGUUUACGAGUGUAAGACGGUUCAAAGGUUUGCGGCCAAAAGAAGUAAUAGAAAUUAGUUUGCACGCAACUGCCGUUUCGCGAACGUUGUUGUUUACCGGAGGUUUCGGGAAGUCCGCAAGGUGCUUAAGGUCAUGUAGGUGUAAGAUAGGAAAUUAUUAAUGUGAUGACGUUCGAUUUCUUCACUACGCAAUCAAAGAAUGUCGUCUUUUUAAAGCCAUGGCGAUAAUUUAGCAUGCGCUAAAAGUCGGUUCUACCCCAAGACGGAUAUAUUUUGGUGAAAAACACAUGGACCAACAUGGAGGUCCUUUGCUCAUUCUUACACAUCAAUCUAAUUUCGGACCCGACUAAUCCCCCACAGACGGCUCAUAAUUUUUCAUUAAACACUACUUAUCCGGAGCUGGACCCGAGAUUUUGCAAUUACAACACAUGCCGUUUUGAUUGUAUUUUCCAGGAAGACGGCCGUGAAAUAAAUCCCUGGGACUGAUGCAUCAAGUCUUUUGUAUGAAACGGAGAUUAGCGGAGAAAGAGAUAACCUCGGCGACGGCACGCAUUCUACUUACUUUUAGGGUAGCUAAUCGGGGGACCGGAGGGUGGUCUGGUGGGUUCGACCUGCAAAAUUUUAAGGUUAAUACCUGAGAAACGGAUUCACAAAAAAUGGGAAUAAUAUGAAUGGCCACGGUACAGGGAAUAAUAUGAAUGGCCACGGUACAGUAAUAAUGCAUGAGAAAGACGGAAAAUAGCCGUAUGAUACAGUGGGGACCUGAUCUAGUGGCAAAAACGUACCAUUUUUCAUCCGGGAAGUAUCAAAAAUGUGGUAAAAUGCUUCCCUCUUCAAGUAAAAAAACUCCGAUUUCAAAAGCGCGCCCGCUCUUUUUGCGAGGAGGACGCGCCCAUCAAAACGAAGUGUUUUCACUUGGAGAGGGAAGCAUUUUGCCUCAUUUUUGACGCUUCCCGGAUGGGAACGUUUUUUGCCGCUGAAAGGCCGUCACCUAAAAACCUAUUUUUUCUGAUCGACAAAAAACUCUCCUUUGUUCGUAUUUCUAUUCUAAUCUACAUAAAAUUUCAGAGCCGCCGAUCAACCUGCCCCCGAAUUCCAAGUGAAGCGCAUGUACGUUGCGCGGAUCGGCAAACGUCAGGUCUACCGUGCUCGAGUGGGGAAAUAA